UGCGCUCAGUUCUCGCCAGUCGAGUGAGCGCUCCGACAGCGAACAUGGCUGGCCCGAAGACGAUGUGCUUGUGCGCGUGUUUUAUUUUGUUUACUGUAGCGGCCGAGGCCGCCCUCUCUGGAUUGUAUAUCGACAAUGGCGUGGAUCAGACCGUCAUACAUCACUCGAUGACAAGACACGAGCGGAUGGUAGUAGAACAUGAGAUAUUAGAACUUUUAGGUCUUGGGGAGAGGCCACGUCGAGCUCGAGCGCCUCCGCUGGACCGUUCGGCGCCCAGUUUCUUGUUAGACGUAUACAAGCAGCUUGCCGAAGAACAUGAGCAGGCUCGCCCAACCCGUAGCUCGGAGAUGGCCCUCAGCGGUGAUGAGCAGCACGCCAUUGACGAGAGUGACCUCAUCAUGACCUUUCAGAGCAAGAGGCAUCAUUUGGGAGCAUUACGUCAUGGCCACGGCCGACACGUCUGGUUCGAGGUGACUGGAGCACCCGGCGAUGCGUCUGCACUUCUGUCUGCGGAACUGCGUUUACAUCAAGCGCCUACGCACACUGAGGACCCAACCGCACUCUAUACAGUCGUUGCACACAGGGUCAUCAGCGUUGACAAUUUAGGGAGCCUGCAAAUGGAGCAGGUGGCCGCGGUGAACACGAGUGCUGGUGCCGAGGGAUGGUUAGAGCUGAACGUGACUAGUGCGCUGGGGGCGUGGCUCUCAUCACCGGCAGACAAUCGAGGCUUCUUCAUAACGCUGCAUCCUCACUCGCAGCCUGAACGUCACGUGAAACCUGAAGAGAUUGGAUUAGAGGAACCUCGUGGAGUAAUAGUGGAGGGGAAGCAGCCGUUCGUAGUGGCCUUCUUCAAGAGUGGACCGAAACUGGCCGGCGCAGACGCAGGCGCCCGGAGAAAACGCGAGGCGAGACGGUGGCGCUCUCACGGAUAUUCCGAGAACUAUCUUAGAAAUCCUCUUACAGAUACCUCUCAUUGGACCACGAGAAGUUGUGAGAUCCAGACUUUGUAUGUCAGUUUUAAAGAUUUAGAAUGGCAGGACUGGAUCAUAGCUCCGGAUGGUUACGGUGCGUUCUACUGUAGCGGCGAGUGCAACUUCCCUCUGAACGCGCACAAGAAUGCUACCAACCACGCCAUCGUACAAACUCUAGUACAUCUACUUAAUCCUACGAAGGUUCCGAAGCCGUCGUGUGCGCCGAUCAAGUUAUCACCGAUAUCAGUGUUGUACUACACGGAUGACUCCAACGUGAUCUUGCGCAAGUAUAAAAACAUGGUCGUCAAGAGUUGUGGGUGCCAUUGAUUAAGAAAAUAUUGUAUUCAACAAAACACUAGUCUCUUAAUAUUACGCUUCUAAGUAAAUUUUAGUAGAAGCUGUAGUUUACUCAAUAAUUAGAAUAAGUUUGUAUAUUAUUUAAGUAAACGUUUCGAUUUAAGAGAAAGAAAUGUUUGUAUUACAAACAGAUGUAUAAUUUGCAUGAGCCAUUUCAUAAACAUGUCUCGAAUUUAGAGUACCUAGCUAAGAGGAAAUUUAAAUAUUCGUGACAAAUAUUAUGAUUUAUUAUCGUAUUGGUGCCAAUGAAUCUACUUAAGUUCAAAAACCUAUAUAAAAUAAAUUCAAUAACAAUAUUGUUGCCAUCGUAAAUUUAUUGUAGUAUUGAUAAAACUUGUGAUUUCUGAGUAAGUGAUAUGAACAAUCAAUUAAUCAUGAUAAAGUCGGGCAUUGUCUGUGUCAGGCUAUUUGUGUCACAGAAACAAGGAAAGAGUUUAAUGUGCAAUAAGAUCUUAUUGCUUGGAUACAGAAUUAGCAUUUUUAUAACUGAAACAUUAAUUCACUUGUGCGUGCGAAAAGUCGGAACGUUGUUUUGUAUUCUGUUUUAUUUCGAAACACUUGUCUACAUUUAAUGAUUGUAUUUUUAUAAUGUACUUUAGAUAUGUACCUGUAAACGUUUUAAUGUAAAAGAACUGAUGGUCAUCUAGUGUUUUAGUGGUAAAUAGAUCUGUUAUUGUCUUAAAUAUAUAUGUAAUGAUAUUAACUGUUUUACUUAGCGUCUAUGUUAUGUAUUACUUUUAUUAACUUAUAUUACUUACGAACGAAUAUCAGUAUGAUUAAGAUUUAACAAAAAGUGUAAUCGUAAUCGUAAAUCACAAAUGUCUACUUAACUUCCCGGAAUUACAAUGUCACCUUGUCCUAUCGCUGUAAUUGUUUGCUGUAAGUAUAGGGUCGUAUAACAAUUCCGUCCUUUUUCUUUCCAGUGGGAUAUUAACUCUUAUUUUUAUUAUUUUUAUAUGCUUACAUAACUUUAUUGCUUGACUGUACUCAUUUAUUAAGGACAGUCGAUGAUAAUUCGGAUAUUAAGGUGUUUACAUAAUUUAUGAAUUCGAAAAAUCCGACAUAAAACAAUAGACUCCCCACUUUUGCUGUAUUUGUUUUAUUGAAAACUUUUUAGUUUACGAUAAAAAUCUAAUUAUUUACGAACUCAUCGUAUUUAUGUAAAAACAUGCAUUUAUAACCUCCACGUGCGAUAUUGCUAAAUAAUGUAGCUCCACAAUAGAUAGAAAGGAAAUAAGUAUUUAUUUCCUUUUCCUAACAAAAGUAAGGCAUUUUUAAAUAGAGAUUAAUUCGUACCUAAUUAUAACGCCAUCUUUAGUUAAGCAAAUCGGAACGAUCUGUAUUUUACUUUAGCUAAGUAAUGGAUGUGCCAAUUCAAUAAGCCAGUUUUUUUAACAAAUAUUUAAAUGUCGUUUAUAUUAUUUGUACAAUGAAAAUAAUGAAUUUAAAAUGUAAA